GGCGCGACGACGGCCGUCUGAACACUAGCAGCGGCCAUGGACACGGAGGCAGACAGAAGGUACCGCCGGGGCGCCGCCACCGCUGGCGACCGCCUUCUGGACAUACCUUGUAACGUGUGUGGCGACAGAAGCUCCGGAAAACAUUACGGCAUCUACUCCUGUGAUGGAUGCUCGGGAUUUUUCAAACGAAGCAUACAUCGGAACCGUGUUUACACGUGCAAGGCACAAGGCGAUCAGAAGGGCAGGUGUCCCAUCGACAAGACACACCGAAACCAGUGUCGGGCGUGUCGGCUAAAGAAAUGCUUCGAGGCAUCGAUGAACAAAGACGCCGUGCAGCACGAGCGUGGUCCGCGCAAGAACAAGAACAAGGACCUGCUGGAGGCGGAGCAGUCCAAGGUGCCCGUGUUCCUGGGCAGAGGGGGCGACUUCCUGGCGCCCAGCUCGGCGUUCGGAGCCGGCCACCCGGUGGCAGCCGGUGUGCUCACCCACCUCCGGACACCGGGCCCGCUCAGGUAUGAGUCGUCUGAGCCCAGAUCCAGCCUGCCCAUGCCGCCGCCAACGGAGCCGUUCGGCGUGCCGAAGCUGGUGGCUGACGAGCGUCCGCCGCUGCUGUACCCGACGCCGCUGGCGCUGACGCCCUCCUGGGACCUGUUCCACGAGACCACCGCGCGGCUGCUGUUCAUGGUGGUGCGCUGGGUGCGCGGCCUGGCGCCCUACCAGACGCUGGCCGCGCGAGACCAGAUGCUGCUGCUGGAGGAGUCGUGGAAGGACCUGUUUCUGCUGCAGCUGGCCCAGUGGUACCUGCCGUUCGACCUGUCCUCCCUGCUCGACUCGGCGCACGCUCAGUCCCGGCUGGGGGUCGGCUCGAGCGGCGACGUGCGCACCAUUCAGGACAUCCUCUGCCGGUUCCGGCAGCUGGCGCCCGACAUGACCGAGUGCGGCUGCCUGAGGGCCAUCGUACUCUUCAAGCCAGAAACUGCGCGUGUGACGGACACCCGGCCGGUGGAGAUGCUCCAGGACCAGGCGCAGUGCGUGCUCAGCGACUACCUCCGAGCACGCUUCCCGCGGCAGCCGACACGGUUCGGCCGACUGCUGCUGCUCAUCCCGGCCCUGAGGUCGAUCCCGGCCGCCGUGGUGGAGGCGCUGUUCUUCAAAGAGACCACGGGAGAGAUAGGAGUAAGCCGACUCCUCUCCGACAUGUACCGAAUGGAGAAUACCGAAUGAAGGGAGAUUGGGGACAGAAGGAAAGGGUCUUGUAUGAAAGACCUCUCCUUAUUUGUGAAGGACGUGUCCUCUUAUGAAAGACAUGGACGAAGGUAAUGGGAUAGGAGGUGCAGUGAAGUGAUCUCAGAUAUUUGUUGAAUGAUCUCAAAUUGAUCUCAAUCGUCUAGCUGUUAGGUCUGAGAUGAUGAGGUGAAUGUUUUGUGUUAAGAAAAAUGAUGAAAUAGUGUGACGUCAAAUGACCUGGACCGAGUCAUAACAAAAAAUCUUUACCCGUGGUAUACGGGAAAAAAGGCAAAGGUAUACGUUAAAAACUAUGACAUAAUUCACCGUAUAUUUCUCAUGAAACACAUUAUAAAUAGCUUAGGUACAAUCACAAAUAGUGUUUUAUCGUUGAAUGCAUAGGUAUCGUUCCAACUUGUGCAAUAGGCACGCAUUUACAAAGUUGCCAGAAGCAAUCAGGCAUCCACCCGUGAAUCCAUUCCGUAAAAUACCGGUUUCUAAGGCAUGAGCUUGUAAAAUGUUGGUGCAUGUAGUUACAAUCGCAGGCAAGAAUGUGUCGUGGUUUAAAUCGGCUUAAAUGCUAUUUUAGGGUUUACGUUGUUGUGACCCUUCCGGGCCCUCGGAACCGCGGAUUAGAUUAGAAAGGCUGAUGUGUACAGAUACCUGAUAUUGCACCCCGAGGCGCAGUGUUGCAACUUGUUCGUGUCAAAACC